CCCAAUCAGUGCCACCUAUCAGUGUCAGUCAGUGCCGCCUAUCAAUGCGCAUCAGAUCAGUGCCGCCUAUCAGUGCCCGUCAGUGCUGCCUAUCAAUGCGCAACAGUGCCGCCUAUCAGUGCCCGUCAGUGCUGCCUAUCAGUGCUGCCUAACAGUGCCAGUCAGUGCUGCCUAUCAGUGCCAUAUAUGAGUGCUUCCUUUCAGUGCCCAUCAGUGAUGCAUGUCAAUGCCCAUCAGUGCCACCUACCAGUGCCUCCUCAUCAGUGCCACCCAUCAGUGCCACCUAUCACCUAUCAGUGCGCAUCACUGCAGCCUCAUUAGCGCACAUCAGUGAAGGAGAAAAAAUCACUUAUUUACAAAAUUUUAUAA